GUGAAAUAGCAAAAGCCAAGUGCCCAACUCACCGGUCGCGGUCUUCUUCCUACCAAAUCUAGGGUUCUCUUCGAUCUCUUUCCACUGCGUUUCAGGUUCUUUCCUCCUGAAACGCUGUCGUUUUUGUCCUUCUCCUUCUCUAGUUAUUCGUCGAAAUGAAGCUCACUGUGAAGACUCUCAAAGGAAGCCACUUCGAAAUUAGGGUUCAGCUCACCGACACCUGUGAAAGUACUGGAGGAAUUUUGUGGAAUUGGAAAGAUUUUGAAAUUAGGGGUUCUCUUGUUACUUAAUCUGGAAGCUGCUUUCAUUUCUGAACGACGAUCACGAUUCUUUUUUAAAUAUAGAUUAUUUGAAUUGUUCGUGAUCUGGUGGAUUCGCAUUGUUUGAACACAGGCUGGAGGAGUUUAAGAUAUCGUGAUGGCUGUCAAGAAAAAUAUCGAAGAUGUACAAGGAAAGGAUAAUUAUCCUUGUGGUCAACAAUUAUUGAUACAUAAUGGCAAAGUUCUGAAAGAUGAGAGUACACUGGCAGAAAACAAAGUAUCUGAAGAAGGUUUUCUUGUUGUCAUGCUCAGCAAGAGCAAAACAUCAGCCUCAGCAGGGCAGUCGUCAACUCAGCCUGCUCAAAACCCCCCUGUAGCUCAACCAGUUUUAAGUUCAACUCCUGCUGCCCAGGUUACACCAUCGCCGACGUCUGCACCUCAAGCUCCCACUCAAGCACCAUCAUCUGCCCUGAAGAACACUACGUCUACUUCAGACAGGGUGACAGAUAAUGUACAAACCGAUACCUAUGGUCAAGCUGCUUCAAAUUUGGUUGCUGGUAAUAACCUGGAACAGACCGUUCAACAACUAAUGGAUAUGGGUGGUGGCACCUGGGACAGAGAAACAGUUGUUCGUGCAUUGAGAGCUGCUUAUAACAAUCCAGAGCGAGCAGUGGAUUACUUGUACUCUGGUAUUCCGGAAUCUGCAGAAGUUGCAGUGCCAGUGGGUCGUUUUGGUUCUGGUCAAGCCACUGAAACUGAUGCAUCUGUUCCUGCACCUGUUUCUGGAGCACCCAACACAGCCCCCUUGAAUAUGUUUCCUCAGGAGGCACUUUCUGCUGGCGGCGGCGGUGGCGGUAGCAACCUUGGAUCUCUUGAAUUCCUUAGAAACAAUCCACAGUUCCAAGCCCUGCGGACGAUGGUGCAUACAAACCCUCAAAUCUUACGGCCCAUGCUUCAAGAACUUGGAAAGCAGAAUCCCCAGCUUUUGAGACUCAUUCAGGAUCAUCACGCAGAGUUCCUUCAGCUAAUUAAUGAACCUGUUGACAAUUUCGAGGGAGAAAUGUUUGAACAGGCAGAGCCGGAUAUGCCUCAUGCCAUUAAUGUCACUCCAGCCGAACAGGCAGCUAUUGAACGGCUCGAGGCAAUGGGAUUUGAUAGAGCAUUGGUUAUCGAGGCAUUUUUGGCAUGUGAUCGCAAUGAGGAACUAGCAGCUAACUACUUACUGGAGAAUUCUGGAGAUUUUGAUGAUUAACGAACGAACAAUUAAUGUUAACCACUCUGGAUUCAUUAUUUUUGGUGCUGAGGUGAAUUGGUACCCUUUUGAGCAUUCUUCACUUUCUGAGUCCUCUUUGCAUUGCAUUUUACGUACGCUACUAAUAAAUAGGAAAAUUAAUUCUUCAA